AUGGAUCGUGCCAACUCCCCCGCGGGCCCUCGUCCAAAGACCCGCCGCUCCAAAAACGGAUGCUACACUUGUCGCAUCAAAAAGGUCAAAUGUGACGAACUGCGGCCGCGAUGUGAGCGAUGCGUUCGUCUAAGACGGCUCUGUGACUAUGAGCCCAAGAUGAAGCACAAUGACAGCUCCAAGACAUUGCCAACUUGGGCACAACGCGCAGCAUUGACUCGGGCUCUUGCUCUUCCAACACGGCUUCCAGAGUUUCCUAGUAGCGCGUGCUCGUUGGAUCUCACUUCGGCUGAUCAUGAGGCGAUACGCUAUUUCCGUACGACGUUUGCUAGGAUCCAGCACACCAAGAAUCCUGAUUACUCACUCUUCUCCAUAAUAUUCACACUCGCUGAAGAUGAGCCCAUGGUUAUGCAUGCCUUGUUGGCUCUCGGAGGCAAUGAGAUUGAGUUUCGCCGGAACAGCAAUGCGGAUGGCAUUGCCAGCCUGACUCCUGCGACUGGGCAAGGUCGUCAUAGCAAGUGGACUCCUGUUCAACACUAUUCAGCUGCUCUAGGUCUUUUAGCCGAUGUAAUUGGGGCUGCAGACGACGGUCGGCAGUUGGAGUUGGACCCCAUCUUUGCCGUGUUAUACCUGAUGCUUGUUUAUGAGCAAAAGUAUGGUGACGGAUCUUGUUCAGGGCUAUCAAACCACUUGGCUGGAGCUGCCUUGAUUGUGAAACAUCGGUGCCAGAAGCUCUCGGAUCAAAUAUCCAAACGUGGGUGGCAGGGGACCCCAGUAUUAACUCGAACAAAGCAGCUGCAAGGUCAAACAGAUGAACCUGGUUUGUCUCUGUUUGUGAUCCGGCUGCUCGUCUGGAUUGCCCUUUGUGAUUCAACAGCCGCUACUUUCGGGCUUGGUGGCCAAUUCAACAGUGAAAUCAAGGCCAUCAUGGGGCCCAAUGACACUUCGUCUAUUCCCGGGUUCGAGGCUCUGCAUAGAUACUCGAAUUCUUUAUAUCGUUCAAUGUGGGGUGGUUCAUAUCCGCAGGUAGAACUGCUGGAUGACGUGGAGAAUCGAGACAUCUUUGCGUUUCUCUGCGCCUGCAUGCAGCUUCGCGCCAUGAUUGCUGCACUGGCCAGCCUUGAUGUGAAUGAGCUUAGGCAGCGCAUACCCGCAAUUGAAGCUGCCUUUGAGCAAAUUGACAAACGUUAUGGGGAGCUACUUGAGGUGGCAUCAAACAUUUCUCUGUCUACAGACAGCUCACAUCGCCUAGUCGCCAAUAUUCGCGCCUUUGUUCCCCUCUAUCAUGCUUCCAAGCUAGAACUUCUCCGCCUAAUUCGAGGAAAAGGAAUAGCUACCAGCAUAGAAAUCGUUCCGAAAGCGCAUAUUAGCGCCAUUAUUGAUUUGGCCAUCCAAGCCGAUAAACAUCAAGGUAUUGAAGCUGUCAUUCGAGUUGCUUGGCCGCUCUUUAUGGUUGCUCUUGAGACAAACGACGAGGUUCAUCAACGCUGGAUUCUCAGUCGAUUUCAGAUGAUGAGCCGCUAUAGCAAGAAUUUAGAACGCGCACACCGAUUCUUAAAAGAAGUAUUGCCGCUGGGGGGCGUUUCUGGUGAAAGAAUAUGGGUUGGUGAGAAUCCUCGUCUGUUGAAUGGUGAGAUAUUCGUUAUUUAGCGUGGCAUUUUGUCAAGUUUGGCUG